CUAAGAAGAAAAUGGUGAAAAUUUGAGAAAAGUCCCAUCACAUCAAAUGCCAUAUUUCACAUGCAUCCUAUGAUAGAGAGAGACUUCAUGUUCUGUACAUCUAAUGUAUAUAUUAUAGCACAUGAUAUCUUUCUUUCUCAUUGUUUUGUUACCUCAGCAUAAUAUUAGCCAAAAACCGAAGUGUUAAAGAAGUUAGAAAUAUGACAAAAAGCAGCUCAUCAUAACUCCCUCUCCUUAAACACACUUUUGUUUCAUUUUUUUGGUCAAAAAAACAGAUUUUGUUGCUGGUUGGCAGUGGUCUGAAAAUAAAAAUUCAAUCUUUUUUGUGCUGACAGCAUGGAUUUUGUGUACCAAGAGGAGUAUGUGAAGAACUCAAGAGGUGUGCAGCAAUUCACUUGCAGAUGGCUGCCCCUUUCUUCUCCAAAAGCUCUGGUUUUUCUUUGCCAUGGUUAUGGCAUGGAGUGCAGUAAUUUCAUGAAAGGUGUUGGAACAAAGCUGGCAAGUCACGGUUUUGCUGUUUUCGGCAUUGAUUACGAAGGCCACGGACGGUCCAUGGGCGCUCGUUGUUACAUCAAGAGAUUUGACAACAUUGUCCAUGACUGUAGUUCACAUUUCAAGUCCAUUUGUGCACAGGAAGAGUACAAGGAAAAGAGAAGGUUCUUAUAUGGGGAGUCAAUGGGUGGAGCAGUGGCUCUAUUAACACACAAGAAAGACCCUACUUUCUGGCAUGGGGCUGUUUUAGUGGCCCCCAUGUGUAAGAUCAACGAGAAGGUGAAGCCACACCCCAUAGUUAUUAGCAUUCUAACAACUGUGGAAGAUGUUAUCCCGAAAUGGAAGAUAGUUCCUGCAAAGGAUGUCAUUGAUUCGGCUUUCAAGGACCCUAUUAAACGAGAAGAGGUUCGUGGCAACAAAUUGAUAUAUCAGCAGAAGCCCAGAUUGAAAACCGCGCUUGAGAUGCUCAGAACUAGCAUGAAACUUGAGGAGAGUUUGAAUGAGGUUACCCUUCCGUUUUUCGUGCUGCACGGUGAGGCGGAUAUGGUGACAGACCCGGAAGUUAGCCGGGCCCUCUACAAACGGGCCGGCAGCUCGGAUAAGAAAAUCAAACUGUAUCCUGGGAUGUGGCACGCACUGACAGCUGGCGAGCCGGACGACAACAUCGAUGCCGUUUUUUCAGACAUCAUACAGUGGCUCGACGAACGAGCCGGAGAUGGUGGGCCCCACGUAUUGAAUCUGGCUGGCCGGGUGAGCCCUCCUCCGGCCAAUGAUCCGAUGGUGAAGAUGACAAGGAAACCUGUUAAGAGACGGUUGAACGAGUGUAAACUGAAGCUGGUCGAGCCUAAAUCUUUCUGUGGAGAUCGUAUUUUAGUUGAAUAUGAGGUCCUCAUCAACUGCCGCAAUAACAGAAAGCUUUUGGGCCAUGUGAGAGCCUUCGAUCGCCACUGCAAUAUGGUGCUAGAGAAUGUGCGUGAAAUGUGGACUGAGGUGCCCAAGACUGGGAAAGGCAAGAAGAAAGCUCUUCCGGUGAACAAGGAUCGCUUUAUUAGCAAGAUGUUUCUCCGUGGAGAUUCUGUUAUCAUUGUCCUCAGAAAUCCUAAGUAA